AUGGCCUCUGGCUCAGCCAGCAGCCCCCGGCUGGCCCCCAAUGAGAACGAGUUCCCUUUUGGGUGCCCCCCCGUCUGCCAGGACCCACCAGAGCCCAGGCCCCUGUGCUGCGCCGUCUGUCUCUCUGAGAACGUGAGGAAUGGCGAGGAUCGGAUCUGUCCCAAAUGCAAAGGGGACGACUCCCCAUCCAAGAGGCCAGGAAGCCUUCUGUCUCAGGAGCAGGAUCACACCGAGGUGGCUGAGGCCGGAGUGGGGUGCCCCUCUGCCGGUGUUGGCUGCUCCUUCAAGGGGAGCCCAAAGUUCAUGCAGGAGCAUGAGGUCACCUCCCAGGCCACCCACCCGAACCUCCUGUUGGGGUUCGUGACCCAGGUGGGCUCUGGCCUGGGGUCUGGGCCCGUGGCCCUGGAGCGGAAUCUGUCAGACCUGCAGCUUCAGGGGCCUGUGGAGGCGGCUGGGGAUCUAGAGGCGGACUGCUACCGGGCCCCCUACUCCGAGAGCCGGGAGGAGCGGGCCCUGCAGCACUUCACGAAGGAGAAGCACCUGCCUGAGCUGGAGGGGAAGCUGUGCGUGUUUGAGAGUGUUGUCACCGUCCGCAACAAGGAGGUGGAGCCCUCCCACCUGGCCCUGGCCGCCUGCAUCCACCAGAGCCAGCCGGACCAUGAGCACAUCCUGAGCUUGGAACGGAGGGUGGUGGAGCUGCAGCAGACCCCGGCCCAGAAAGACCAGGCCCUGGGCAAGCUGGAGCAGAGCUUCCGCCUCAUGGAAGGGGCCUCCUACGACGGCACCUUGCUAUGGAAGGUCACCAGUGCCACCAGGCGGUGCCACGAGUCGGCCUGCGGCAGGACCGUCAGCCUCUUCUCCCCGGCUUUCUACACUGCCAAGUACGGAUACAAGUUGUGCCUGUGGCUCUACCUGAAUGGGGACGGGACGGGGAAGAGGACCCACCUGUCCCUCUUCAUCGUGAUCAUGAGAGGGGAGUAUGAUGCUCUGCUGCCGUGGCCUUUCCGGAACAAGGUCACUUUCAUGCUGCUCGACCAGAACAAUUGUGAGCACUCCAUCGACGCCUUCCGGCCCGACCUGAACUCAGCAUCCUUCCAGCGGCCCCAGAGCGAAACCAAUGUGGCCAGCGGCUGCCCGCUCUUCUUCCCCCUCGACAAGCUGCAGUCGCCCAAGCAUGCCUACGUGAAGGACGACACCAUGUUCCUCAAGUGCAUCGUGGAGACAAACGCUUAG